AUGCCCAAGUCGCUCGGGAAGCUACCGCGGCGACGUGCGCCGCCGUGCCAUCGGGACUUGGAUCCGAAGAUGUGCUGCCCGCGGGGUCCAUUGACCGAGGCGACGCUCGCAGAGCCGCUGAUGUUGUGCGGCCCCAGCGAGCUGAGUGGCCUGCAACGCAGGCGAAAAUAUUUGCAAAUCGAUCAGAUAGUGGAGCAGAAGAGACCCAAAGUGCCAGCUCAGCUGGCAAUGGAGGAGAUGUUGAGAUUGAAGUUGAGACUCUUUGAUGAGAAAUUGGGAGGUGGGAUGUUGAAAGCCAUGGUGGGAAGGAGGGAUUUGGCACAGCAUAUUCUAUCCUUCGUGAAUGCUGAGCGACCCUUGGUGGACACAGCUGUUGGUGGAAAGAUGUUUGCUGAUAGCGGUUCCGCCAAUGUUGACCUCUUCUUUCAUUCUGUGCCUUCCAUGCCUUCCUCAAGGGGCAGGCCAUCCGGGAAAGUUCCACUGGAAGAAAUGCUGGAAAAAGCCUGGGAGGAGAAUCCUGAAGUUUGCUUAAAGCAAAUCUUCUUGAUUGGUUCCGCGAGGGAGGGCAAGCAAGAUAGGCACUCCUUCUAUGAAGCCUUCCAGUGGCUUUGGUGGAAAGAUCCUGCUACUGUGCUGGCAAAUCUACAUCAUGUGCCUGAAUGUAACUAUUGGAAGGCCUUGUUGGAGUUCUUGGCUCGGCUUUGUGAAGGUCCCCAACGCAGCAAGGAACGUGACAGGGCGCUGCUGAACCGCUUCGAGCGUUGCAAUGGCGAUGCUGCAGAAUCAAAAAAGAUCCUCAUGGCAGAUGCAGAGCCUGAAGAGGUGGGCCAAGCUCCUCCGUGUCCUCGUGGCCUCUCCUGGUGUCCGGGCUCGCGCCUGGAGCUGGCCGAGGAGGCGCUGAAGCGCUACGAGGCGGAUCCGCUCUACCGCUGUCUGCUGGAACGCACUGGGCAGCUCUUUGCGGCGCAGCUGCGUGACGACCUCGGAAAGAUGAAGAGAGGUGAACAGGUCUCGUUGUGUGCCAAGUGGUGCCCCUGGUUGAACCACUCCUUCGAUCGUCGCACCCUGAUCUGCGAGUCGAUUGCUCGGUGGCUCUUUCCGCCCAGUGAGUUUCCGGGCCUCACGGAGCGGCACUACGCCUUCCGGGCGCGCGACCAGCUGAGGAAGGUGCUGGGAGAACUGAAGGAGUACAUGAAGUGCACGGAGCGACUGAUGUGCCAAAACCGCUGGGCAGAGAUCCAGUACAGGAGGGUGCACGCAACUUGCUUGAGUCUAAAUGCCCGGAUCUUCGAGAAGCGCGACCCUGAGCGUUUCCAGAGUUUUCUGCAGAAAUUGCUGAAGCGCAAGGGCUCCGUGAAUGUGGGUGCCCUGCAGCCGCAUGAGUUGUUAAAGAAAGCCAUCAAGCCAUCCAGUUCCAUGGAAAAGAUGCUGGCGCAAGCACAAUGGCGAUCCCUGGUCACCCAGGUGCGCUCUUCGGGCUGUCUAUCCAAUUGUAUCGCAGUCUGUGAUGUCUCUGGAUCAAUGCUUUGCCGCGCAGCUUCAGGUGGAACGUCCCUGCUGGAUGUGGCCAUUGCCAUGUCGUUGCUGCUGGCCCAGGUGGCUGAGGCUCCGCAUCAGCUGAUCACGUUCUCAGAAGAGCCACGGCUGGUGACGCUGCCGGACACGGAGGACCUGACGGAGCUCUACCGCUUUGUCCAAGGGUUGGACUGGGGCUACACCACCAACUUCCACAAGGUCUUUGAGCUCUUAAAGUCCAAGCUGCCCAAGCAGGUCUUUGUCUUCUCAGACAUGCAAUUUGCGGAGGCCGGCGGGGACCACUUUGAUGAACCCGUGCUGCGGAAAGUGCAGAAAGACUACGAGAAGCUGAAGCUGGAAUUGCCAGAGUUGGUCUUCUGGAACCUGGCCGCUGACCAGUCUGGUGCCCCCGCUUUGGCCAAUGAUGCCGGUGUGGUUUUGAUGUCUGGCUUCUCGGCCCAGAUGUUCAAGAGUCUGAUGAACCCCGAGGCUGAGGCGGAAGUGGAGCAGAUGGAGCAGAUAGAGACCUGCAAAGGUAAGAAAAAAAGGAAAAACGGGAUCCACUGA